AAACUUCUCUCUCUAACCACGCCAAUACCAAGCUCCUUUCAGUAAUGCUCCAGAUUGUGUUCGAUCUGGAGACUCCGUGGCGUCGGCCACGGAAGUCAAGCUCCACAGACAGAUCUUCGAGAGACUAUUUUAAUCCUGGGCAACAGCCACUGUCCCGUCGCUUAGACGACUCAACUCGCUAAGCACUUGCCACCAGACUUGGUACUAUUCCUAAGGUCCCCAGUUCUGUGGCAAAGUUUUGACUAUUAUAUACAGUACAAAAUAGUGCCCUUGAUUCGACGCUCUGUACCAUCUUGUUCUUGACGCCAUAUCAACCGACCUAUGGAAACUGGAGUUAGCAACUUGGAUGAAGAGCAGCACAUCAAUCUUGACUUAGAUCGGCCAGAAGCAGGACUAAACUAUGACCGCAACGCUUCUAGCUCGUGGGCAAACGACAAUCACAGGUCGAGCGGCACUGAUUCCCGGCAAAUCAUUGGUGCCGGAGAUCUUGGAGGUGAAGGCGGCAGGUAUCCAAGCUCAAGGUUUUCGUCAGAGAACAAUGCCGCGGACGAAGCAUCUCAACAGCAGCGACCAAAGUCUGCUUGGUCGAAACUCAUCGAUUGGGUAAAGCAGAAGGAGCAAGGUCGAUCUUUCAGCUUGUCCAAUCUCAAACCUUCAACGUCUUUCUAUACCAAAUUCGAGGAGGGUUCUUUGGCCAGUCAGGAGAAACCGUCCGGCGCUGAUAAUGCGCACGAACACCCCCAGGAGGGCAGCGAAGAUGGAGAAGCUCUAUCGCGCGUCUAUACGCAAGCUGCGGCAGAAACGGUACAUACCUUCCUACGUCAGGAUUCAAGGUAUCAUAGGGGCAAAAACCUUGAUGGAGAAGAACCUUCGGUUGACCAACACCUAUACGAUGUUGAUUACGUACCAGCACCUGAGCAAUACAAACCAGGCCUCUUUGGGGCACUCCUUGCUUACAAGCUUAAUCACAUACAGCAAGACUGGUCUAACAGCCAAAGCAAAGCACAUAGCCGCUUAGGUGGACAGACCAAACAUGAUCUGAAAAGCCACCAUCACUCUCAGUCACUCACGACGUCACUCCCAAGUUCUGGGGCAGCGACACCUUCCAAGAAGGUCAAAUGGUACGAGAAGCCUGAACAGAGCAACCCAACUGCCGCGGCCUUGAUGCAGGCAGCUCUUUCAUCCACCGGUCCCAGCGUGGCAGGAAUGGGCGCCAUCCCACGCCCUCGGCCCAUGCGCCCCAAGUCCGCCGACAUGAUCUCCACCGCCGUCGACAUCAUCACACACGGCAAACACCAUCAUGACCGGUAUAGCGGCGCGUACAGCACAAGCACUCUUGAAAAUCACGUCGGCCUCAUCACCGAGGUUGCCGAUAUCAUCGCCCGGAGGGACUAUCUGAUUAAGCUGUGCGGUGCCUUCAUGGAAUACGGCGCUCCCACCCAUCGCAUGGAAGAAUACCUCAGUGCCUCUGCUCGCGCAUUGCUCAUUGACGCCGACUUCCUUCACAUCCCUGGUGCCAUGUUCUGCACAUUUGCCGACCGCACCAUCCACGCCAACAAUGUCGACAUCGUCCGAAAGCGCGCUGGCCUUGAUUUCGCUCGCCUAAAGGACGUCUUCAAUGUGUACAAGUGCGUCAUUCACGACAAACUCACCGCCGAAGACGGCAUUCGAGAGAUCGACAACAUUCGGAGACGACCGGAUAAUUACUCGGAACUCUUUCGCAUCUUGAUGUUCGGCGUGGCUUCAGUUGUGGUCGGGCCGUUUUCCUUCCAGACCCGCCCUAUCGACUUUGGACCUAUCUUCCUUCUCGGCUGCGCAAUUGGAUUCAUGCAGGUCAAGAUCGUGCCACGGUCCGAACACUUCGGCAAUGUGUUCGAGGUCUUCGCGUGUGUGUUCGCGGCGUUCAUUGCCCGAGCGCUGGGUUCGAUCAAAUACUCGAACGGAGAGUACAUCUUCUGCUUCUCAGGGGUGGCGCAGAGUACCAUCGCCAUGAUCCUCCCGGGAUUCAUGAUGCUGAAUUCGGCCCUCGAACUGCAAAGCCGGAAUCUGAUCUCCGGCUCGGUGCGUAUGGUUUACGUGAUUGUCUAUGUUCUAUUUCUCGCAUUUGGCCUGCUCAUUGGCACCACCGUCUUCGGGCUGAUCAAGCGUGACGCCGUUUCCUCUACCACCUGCGACAUCCCGCCCUGGUUCGCGGCGGACAUGAACUGGAAGUUGAUACAUACACGCUUCAUCUGGGCCCCGCUGUUUGCAUGUUGUGUGGGUCUGAUCUAUCAAGCCAGAUGGCGGCAGUUGCCCGUGAUGGCUCUCAUUGCUGUCUGUGGCCACCAAGCCAACUUUUGGAUCUCCACCCAGCUUUCCAGCAACCCGCAAGUUGCAAACGCCAUCGGCGCUUUCGUCAUCGGCUGUAUCUCCAACCUCUACUCGCGUCUUUUCCACGGCCUGGCGGCAACUGCCAUGCUUCCUGCCAUCUACUGCCAAGUUCCCGGGGGUCUGGCGUCCUCUGGAUCGCUGGUCGCAGGCGUUGUCUCUGCCAAUCAGAUUUCCGGGAACAGCACCGCGAGCGCUCAAAAUGAUUCGAGCAAUGGCGACGGUGGGACAAUCUUCACCGUCGGCUACAGUAUGGUCCAGGUUGCCAUUGGUAUCAGCGUGGGGUUGUACCUUAGCGCGUUGGUCGUGUAUCCCUAUGGGAAGAGAAAGAGCGCAUUGGGCAGCUUUUGAUGAGGUAAGACAGGGGUCGAAAAUGCGAUGUAGCCAGAUAUAGCGUUCACAACGAUCAUAAAACGCACUUCAAAGGCCUUUAUCAAAAUCCAAAGCACGGUUGUGAACUAUCCAAGCGAUGGACCAAAUAUCCCCGCUGGACAUCACAGGUUCAGUUCAGUUCAAGUGCCGUGCAAUCGGAUUCAGCGACGAAUAUACCUCUAGCCUUAGCACCCGUUUAGGACCGUGAACGGAAAACAUGUUGGAGAUGCAAGGGUAAAGAGUGCGGCUGAACAAGAUCAUGUCAUGGAAGCCUUCCCGUCUCUGGCGGCAGUCGCCGCACUUGUCCCUCGCCUACACCCCUGCCACUGCAAUCCAAAUGACAUUCAGGGUUGUAGCAAACUGUUUCCCAGCCACAAACAGCUCGAUUGGAAUCGGCGGAAGAGCGGCUCCUGUCUGGUGAUGAAGAUCGCAAGUUGGCGCUUGAGGAUGAAAUUACAUGGGUGGAAUACCAUUCUGGUUCUGAAGGUUCCAAUAAAUGAUCUGGGGGCGACUUCCUAGCCUCCGUGCAUACCUUUGUAGGCAUGGCAGAUCCCUCGCGACUGGGCGCACCCAGGUCUCGCGGUGAUAUACUCUCCCUGGAGCCCGGUGUCGUGCGUUCGGGAAUACGGG